AAAUGAAUCAAAUCAUAUUGUUAUAAAAGAUCAAGAACUUGGUAAACGUCAUGCAAAAAUUAAGAGUUUUCAAGGAAAAGUCGAAAUUUUCGAUUUGGGAUCUAAAUCUGGAAUUUAUGUUAAUGAAAUAAAACUCGAGUUCCGAGCUUCUCAUACUUUAGAAAAAGAUGAUAGGAUUACAUUGGGGAAAGUUAUUUUACAAUACCUUCCUGCUGGAGAGUAUGAAAACCGUACUGAUAAACUUUUGCCUAUUUAUAAUAAGGCAUAUUUAUUAACAAGCUUGGAAGAGGCAUUUACCAGUGCAAGAGAUAAACAGGAGGAUUUAAGUUUAAUAUUUUUUGAUAUAGAUCAUUUUAAACACAUUAAUGAUGAAUAUACUCAUGAUGCAGGAGAUUAUGUUUUGAAAGAAUUGGCUAAAUUAGUUCAAACACUUAUUCGCCCUGAAGACAUUUUUGCACGAUAUGGCGGAGAAAAGUUUACUAUCCUUCUUAAGAAUAAAAAAUCAGAGCUAGCUUUCGAAAGUGCAGAGAAAAUUCGAAAAGCUAUUGAGUCUCAUGAAUUUAUUUAUAAUGGAAAACGUUUAUCAGUUACAGUCAGCUUUGGAAUUGCUGAUAUGAAUUCGUCUGUGGAAUCUCAUGAAGAUUUGCUUAAGCGUGCUGAUGAUGCUUCAUAUGUUGCUAAAAGACAAGGUCGAAAUCGGGUAAAAAUUUGGACUAAAGAAAUUGACUCAGUUGGUAAAGAAAUUGCCUCAAAUUGUAAAGAAAUUGAUUCAAAUGGUAAAGAAAGUGAUUCAAAUAGUAAAGGAAUUGGCUCAAAUGAUUAUCUUGAGAUUUUUUCAAGACCUACAUACUUUCCUACUAAUAAAAAAACUAUACAACAUGACAAAUUGCCCUCUGUAACAAACGAGCUGUCAGUGACAUUUCAAUUGAAUCUCAAGAGACAUAGUUCAAACUGGAUAACUAUUUUUCAUAAAGGUGAAGAUGCGCAGCAAGCUCGUACCCCAGCGCUUUGGCUGACGCCUAAUGAUUCACAACCAUGCCUUGUAUGUUCAGUAAAUAGCAAUUGGAAUAAAAAUGUUCUAACUGAAACUAGGCUUGAGUUAAACAAAUGGUAUCACAUAGUAUACACACUUUCUGAGCCUCAAAAAUGUAUGGAGUUAUACGUAAAUAGUAAAUUAAUUGGGUCCAUAGAUACAAAAGAAAUUAAAUUCAAUGAAUUUCCUUUGAAAAUUGGGCAUUCUGGCACAUACACAGACUUUCAGGGACAAAUGAGCAAUUUUCGGUAUUAUAAUAUUCGCUUAUCCACUGAUGAAAUUUUUAAAGAUUAUAUAUCAUAUCUUAGAAAUCAGGUAAAAAUUUGGACUAAAGAAAUUGGCUCAAAUAGUGAAGAUGCGCAGCAAGCCCGCACUCCAGCGCUUUGGCUGACACCUAAUAAUUCACAACCAUGCCCUGUAUGUUCAGUAAAUAGCAAUUGGAAUAAAAAUGUUCGAGCUGAAACUAGGAUUGAGUUAAACAAAUGGUAUCACAUAGCCUACACACUUUCUGAGCCUCAAAAAUGUAUGGAGCUCUAU